AUGAAGUUUCUGCCAAGUGAAAUCAUCACAUCAAACAUAGUUUCUCGAUUACCUGUUGAGUCGGUGUUAUAUUGCAUGCUGGUAUGUAAAUCAUGGUGCCAAUCUAUUCGGAACCCUUACUUUCGCAAGAUUCACCAGCGUCAACAGUUGCUGGAUAGUGGCCGGAAUUCCAAUGAUAAGGUGAGUUUUCUAUUCUUAACUGCAGAACAGAUAAGUAAACUUUACUAUGGAAAGUAUGAUGAAGACAGUAGGAAAAUUGGUAAGAUGAAACUUAAGAUUGUGAAUCAUCCUCUCAUUAAUAAAAAGUUUGUAGGUAAAAGUGCAAUUGUUGGGUCUUGUAAUGGUUUGGUUUGUUUCACCGUACCACAUACGUACCAUGUUGAUGAUCCUAUAUAUAUUUGUAAUCCUAAUCUUGGAGAAAAAAUCAGUCUUCCAAGAUUUACAAUUACGGCGGAAAACAAGUACUUUGUUGUGAGUGGAUUUGGAUACAAUUCUAUCACUGAUGAAUAUAAAGUUGUUAGGAUCAUAGGAGAACGAUAUUAUGCCGGCCAAUCUUUCUGUCACUUGGUAGACAAACCUAAGAAGAGUCAAGUUCAGGUUUAUACUCUUGGUAGUGGAAGUGGGUGGAGAAACAUUGGAGAGUAUCCAUACUCGUUGCAAUGUCUUUUCAAUAUCUCUCGUCUUGUCCCUGUAUGUUGCAGACCUUGCGGUGGUAAAAGUGAAAUUCCUAUUCCAUCUCGGGGCAUCCUCGCAAAUGGUGCUCUUCAUUGGUUGGACAGUGAUUGGAAUAUUGUUGCCUUUGAUUUAGAGUAUGAACAGUUCAGUUUGCUCCCGUCACCGCCUUGUUAUCGCCCAGGUGAUGACAGAAACCUCUAUAUACUUCAAGUGUUGGCUGGGUGUUUGUGUGUUCUUAAGGACCAAAAUGGUAAAAGCCUUGACAUAUGGUCAUUCAAGAAGGAGACUCGUGAAUGGGAAGAAUUGUUCUGCAUAUCAUGUGGUUCAGAUAAUUUUUUUGAUGCUUAUUGGCCAAUAUCCCUGACAUCGAGUGGUAAACUUAUACUACGAUUUCAGUACAAGGUUCUUUACUGUUAUGAUCCUGAUACCGGUGAACUGGAAAAGCUUAUGAACUGUAACACGGAAUUCUUUUUCCCAACAUUACCUUAUCCGUUGAUUGAAGCAAUACCUCACAUCAACAGUUAUGUGUCACUGGAAGCUCUAGGAGAGAGGUCUAAGAAAAUAGUAAGAGCCAUGAAUAUGAAUGUUUGA